UUAAAUUUAUUACUGUGUCUGUUAUUAAGUUCUUUUUGGAAACAGACAAUGUGUAAAUUAGUUUAAUAAAUAAUUAAAAUUCAUAUUUGACAUUUUAGUCCUUAUGUAAUAAAAUUGAAGAUUCUCAGAGGAAGUAACAUUUAAGAUAGGAUAUGAAGAAGAGGAAUAUUAUUUUUAAUAGGCCAGAAGAUGAAAUGAUUUCAAAUUCUCUAGCACAACCACUUUGUAAGGAAAGAAUUGAAGAAUUUAUCCGUACACUGAGUGGGAAUCUAGCUUUACCUCCAAAUAUCACAGUUAAAAAACCUGCUCUCCAACUUUCAAAAGCAGGUACUUUUAGUUUUCAUUAUUUUUUCCAGAACUUUCACCUGGUUCAGUUCUGCCCAAAGUUGUAUUCUCCCUCCAGGAUUGCUAAUUGGCUUAAUGCUGCAAUUGAAUGCUUGGACUAUUUUCCUGAUUAUCUAAUAGUCACAGUUAGUCAGCAGUUAGUGCAAAAUAGAAUUGAAGAGACAAAAUUGAAUAUUCAGAAGAAGAUACUCUUUAAUAUCAUAGUAAAAUAUUAUACUCAAGAGAGAGGUUGCCUGUUGACUGAUGAGUAUUUUGAUGUUCAUGCCAGAAUUAUUGAACUUCUUGAAACAGAAGCUCUAGAAGCAACACAACUAUAUCUAAGACUGUUGUUACACAACAUUAGAAAAGAAUUUUGAUGGACACUGUGCUGGCUUGGAUCUAUUGCUUCAGAACCUAAUGCCCACAAGUUACAAAAACAGUAUGACAACAAAACAGUAGUCCUGAAAACUCUUGUUAAAGCAGUUUUGCAAACAACAUCAUUAUUAAAAGGUAGAAAACUAGUCUGGUUGCUACCAGAGCAUCACUCUGAGCUCUUCCAGGUAUCUCUGGCAUUUUGCAUGGGCAUAUGUAUGACUGAGCUAUUUGCAUCAAGCAGAAAGGCAAAUCACUCACUUAAUAAAUAA